GCAUCAAUGAUGCUGUCAUCAUCAAAACUAAAUGGAAUAUGUUCAAAACUUCAAGUAUGAGACACCAGUCUCGUUUUGGAAUUCAAGAUGUCAGCCUCCAUUAAAAAUAUUGAAAAGUUCUAAAUUUAUGCUACAACUGGAUCAAAGUCAAAAGCAUUAUGGACCAGGUGGUGGAUAUCACUUUUUUGCAGGUCGAGAUGCGACUGCUGCAUUUGUAACGGGAAAGUUUGAAGGAGAGGGAUUAACUGAUGACGUCAGUAAUCUAAGUCCAGAAGAUAUGAUAGGAAUUGAAGAGUGGAUGACGUUUUAUGAAAAAGAUUAUACUUAUGUAGGAAAACUAGAGGGACGAUAUUAUGACAGACACGGAAAUGCUACUACAGAAUUGUUGAUUGCUCAAGAAAAGAUUCACGAAGGUCAUCAAGUUAAAAAAGUAGAAAGUGAUGACAAAACUUUAUAUCCAAUGUGCAAUUCUGCAUGGACUCAAAAAGAUGGAGCAACGGUUUGGUGUACAAAUAAAAGUGGAGGCAAACAACGGGACUGGACAGGAGUACCCAGGAAAUACUACAAACUGGGAAGCAGUGAGUAUAGAUGUGCCUGUAUAAGAACAACUGGUCCACCUGGAGAUGACCCCACAUCUGCAUUGUCAUCAGGAGAUUUAUUAAACCCAAUGUUUAAACCAUACAAGAAUUGCCACGAGCAUGCAAUUACAUGUAAAGUGGUUGACGAUUAGUUGGAUGUCUGUUGUGAUCUCACAAGGCAAUGUUCUAUAGUGAACUAUGCAAAAUAUGAAUUGGCAAUCUCAAGGAUGGAAUACGUAGGACAUGCAAGGAUUAUGAAGUUUAUGAUUAAUUUAUUGAAAAGUAAAGCAAGCUACUUUAUCCGAUGUGCAAUAUCCAUAAAAUUGUAGUUCCAGUCAUUUACAUAAAUGACUUGUACUUGUAUACUUUUAUGAUUAGGAAGAUACCACUGGAUUAGUGUGCAAUCACUAGAACUAUGAUCUGUAAUUCAAUUUUGAUAGUAUUUUCUGAAAUCCUUGUCACACAUUUUUAAGAGAAGUUGCACAUUAAUGCGUAGAAUUAUGGUUCUUUUACAAUAAUAAAAACACAAAGCUUAUAUUAAUGUUUUUAUGUCAAUGUCAAAGUAACU